GGACAGCCUGCCAAAUGGUGCAGCCCAUCGGAGGAGCCGGUCGGGGGCGAGGAAGAGGGGGGUCGGCACGUCAGUCAGUCGCGUCGGCUGCGCUGCGCCUGUGUCAAAGUGUCGCCCAGCGCCGCCGCCGGCGGCGCCACGCUGUUGGUCCCCGCGGCCGCCGCCGUUUAA